AUCAAAACUUUUGGUAGGGAAAUCAGAUAAAAGCUUCUGGUAGGGGAAGAAAGGACAUAGAAUUGAGAAGCUACUACCUCUAUUUUAAAUGAUUCUCCUCUGUUACAGGGUCUUUGGUUAUACCGCUUUGGAAGCUUCAUCUUGGUUUCAGACUUUCUGCCAUAUGGCAUCUCCAGGGGAGAAACCUGGGGCUGAUUUAAGCAUUCCCAAUUGUGGAGUAUUUGGAACUGUAGAUUCAAGGGUUAAAUUUCAGGUUUCCAUGAGCUCUUCCUGUGUACCCCCUUGUUUUUCCACAUCUUGUUAAGCAGUAAUAAUUAGAGAAAGAUUUGAAUGUUUCUUUGCUUGCCAAAAACUACUUCUAAGAUUAUUUUCUUUACCUCAUCAUAGCAAUGGUUUGUAGGACAGCAAAGUGAGAUUGUGCUGGUCAUCACAUUCUAGAGAAAUAGAAUAGAACUUGAGAGCUGAAAAACCUGGUUGGAUGAACUGAGGGCAUGGAGGAGUGUUAAUCACAGGGAUCCUCUGACCUGGGGUAGCCCUCCUCUCUUGAGGCUGCCACCUUGUUAGGGCAGUGAGGAUCUGACUGUAGACGUUAUCUGAGAGUACUGUGACCCUCAGAACUGCUGAUGUGGUCACUGACUGUGUUUACAUUACUCCUCAGUUGAAGUUGUCCUUAUCUUUGUUCAGUCUUAAUCUUUAGUAAAGCCCAUGCUCAGACUCAUUUACUGAGAAGGCAGUUCAGGUCCAUAUACAAUUAUUGAGCACCUCUGAACGUCAGAUGCUGUGUUAGCUCUUGGGGGUGACAAGGGUGACGCUGUCUUUGCCUUUGAACUUAGUCUAGUGGGAAGAAACAGAUACACAAACAGCUUUAAACAAACUGUGGUUCUGAGGAAUAAAUUGGGGAAAACAGAGCCUAUUGACUAGUUAAAUCUGAGAGCUAAGAGAAAGAAGUGUCUAGGGUCACUUUCAGAUACUGCCAGCCUUUUUCUCCUCAAUUCUGUCUGUCCCUUGUACUUUCUUUCAACAGAUCCACUUUGCUGGUGGGGAGGGGGCACAGUCCUUAAGUGUGAUCCCUGAGUCCCAACUUCAGCUGUCUGUUAUAUUCUCCAUCUUCUCACAGGGCAGGAAUUUCCAAAGCUCUUGCCUCCAGCUCCAGACCUCUCUUCUAACAGCACACUCACAUUUCCCAGGACCUCCUUCAUUGCUCCAGCUGCCCCCUACACUGCAGUCUCAGUGUGCCCAAACUUCUAGUCCCCAAAGCUGUGUGUCCUGCUGCCCUAUCCAUGCUGCCUGGGACACGCUUUACAGAAGGAAAUGGAAAUGGACAGAAGUCGCAUGCAACACUGUCCAAUAGAAAUAUGUCAGCCACAUACAUAAUUCAGACUUUUCUACUAGCCACAUUAAAAAGCAAAAAGAAACAGAUGAAAUUAAUUUUAAUAAUAUAUUAACCUAAUGUACUCACCAUACUAUCAUUUCAACACAUGAAUAUAAAAGUUAUUGAGAUAUUUUACUUCAUUUUUUUCAUAUGGAACCUUCGAAAUUCAGUAUGUAUUUUAAUCUCACUUGAAAGUGAAAAGUGAAAGUGAAAGUCAUUCAGUUGUGUCCAAUUGUGUCCAAUUUGCGACUCCAUGGACUAUACAGUCCAUGGGAUUCUCCAGGCCAGAAUACUGGAGUAGGUAGCUGUUCCCUUCUCCAGGGGAUCUUCCCAACCCAGGGAUGGAACCCAGGUCUCCUGCAUUGCAGGUGGAUUCUUUACCAGCUGAGCUACCAGGGAUGCCCCAAUCUCACUUGGACCAGUCAUAUUUCACGUGUGGCUUGUGACUCCUGUAUUAGAGAACACAAGUAUAGAAUGGAAAAGGUAGUAUUUGAGGCUGGGCAAAAAGUUCUUGUAAGAAGUAUUCUAGGAUACAUAGAAGUAUGAUAGGAUACAUACAUGAUAAGUAUCACUAUUUUUAUGAUUCAUCUAUAGUCUCUGUUCCUUAUGGUUUUCCCCUAAUAUUUAGAGAAGCUUUUGAAAUUUCAGUGUUUCUCAGCAGUGCUAAAAAUCCUUGCUCAGAUGCUGGGAAGGGAUAUGUCAAGAGAGAGUAGCUCACCGCCCUGUCCUCCCCUGCCCCUCCCUAGUAGAACCCCAAGAGGAAGGUGAAAUUCUGAGCAUAGACCCCCUCCCUACUUGGAGAGUGCCUUCCAGAGCUCAUUGUGCAAUUCCUGGGUUUUGUUUUAGAAGUAAAUUGCUUUUCUUCACAGUUCCUUUUCAAAAUUUUCAUACCUUAGCUGCCUGAAACAAAAUGUAUUUGCUUUACAAUGGUUAUUACAGCCCAAGCCACCAUAUAUCUGGGAUUUUUCCAGGAUGGUGUUAAUUUUCAAUACUGUCUAUUUCAGUCCACGCUUCUUGGAUUUUAGUUCAGAAAAUAGGAUCUUUCUAUCACACUCUUGAGUGUGAAAUAUUGGAAGGUACUGUGGUGAUCAACCAACUGGUGCUCACCAGUUCCCGGAACUUAGCACUCAAUUCUAGAUGCUUCUCUCUAGUGUCAGUAGACUGCUCCUUUCCCUGGGGAGCUGAAAUAGUUUCUGGGGAGACCAUGUCUUUUCAGGCAACAAAGCGUGUACCUGGGCAGUAACCCUUCUUUCUCAGGAGGCCUAGUUUAUACUACUGUUCAUAAAUCUGUCUGAGUUUUAAGGGGUGCCUUGUUUUAAAGAAGAGAUUUCUAAAGUUAUGUAGAAGCAACAAAGCUUUCUAAAAAUAUUUUUGGCCGGCUGAUAAAGAAGAAUUAAAAAAAAAAAAAAAAGGGUGGAGGGGGGCAGAAUUAUACAGGUCCUGGGAGAGUGGCAUUAGCCACUGGGACACCAGCCAGAUAUUGGUGCUCACAAACUGGGGGAGACUAUGGUUUUUACUGUUACUGUUCAAAAUGCUGUUCACGUUCUCUUCCUCAACUAAAAUUAUUUCACUUUCAAGGCCUAGUGGGCGGUGGGAUGGGGUAGGGCUUUUCAGAAGGCCUGCCUUCCACACGGGCGGCCCGGGCAAGUGACCAGUGUCCCGCUUGGUGGGCCCAGGGCCACAGGGGCAGGGAGGCACGGGCCGGGCUGGAGGUAAGAGUGGGCAGUGGGAGGGGAGUGGAGGUCGUCGCCGAGGUUUUCCCGGUUGUCAGUCUCCCAGCGUCCCCGGCUUUCCAGGUAAGGACGACCCCUCCCACGCAGCGCGGUUCGGGAGGGUGGGAAGGAGGGGCUGGGCUGCGAGCGCCCGCCCCUCCAUCUAUCACAUGGCCGGAGAGCCACAAAAACAACAGCUUUGGCCAAGACCGUGACUUCAGGAAAGGGAACGCAGGGCUCUCGCCGCCAGCCCCCACCCCAUGGAGGAGAGUUUUCUUGAAUCCUUUGGGAGGCUGAGCCUCCGGCGGCAGCAGCCACCGCCUCCUCGGCCGCCAGCCCCGCCGCCCCCGCGUGGGACACCUCCGCGCCGCCACAGCUUUCGGAAACAGCUCUACCUCCUGCGAGGCCUCCCGGGCUCGGGGAAAACUACACUGGCCAGACAGUUGCAACACGACUUUCCCAGAGCCCUGAUUUUCAGCACGGAUGAUUUUUUCUUCAGGGAAGAUGGUGCCUAUGAGUUCAAUCCUGACUUCCUGGAGGAAGCUCAUGAGUGGAACCAGAAAAGAGCAAGAAAAGCAAUGAGGAAUGGCAUAUCCCCCAUUAUUAUUGAUAAUACCAACCUCCACGCCUGGGAAAUGAAGCCCUAUGCAGUCAUGGCACUUGAAAAUAACUAUGAAGUUAUAUUCCGAGAACCUGACACUCGCUGGAAAUUCAACGUCCAAGAGUUAGCAAGAAGAAACAUUCAUGGAGUCCCAAGAGAGAAAAUACACCGAAUGAAAGAACGGUAUGAACAUGAUGUUACCUUUUACAGUGUGCUGCACGCAGAAAAACCAAGCAGAGCGAACAGAAACCAGGACAGGAAUAAUGCAUCUCCUUCCAACGGUGCAGGGUACUGGAACACCUACGCAGAGUUCCCACACCGGAGGGCGCAUGGCAGCUUCACUAAUGAGAGCUCCUUUAACAGAAGGGGUGGUUGUCACCAUGGGUAUUAGAGGCCUCUCUUAUGGGCAUUCUGAAUUUUCCUAAAUCAGUUUUUACUUCAAUUUUUGGUAUUUAUUCUCCGUUCAGUGGUAGUCAGAGCUCUAAUUCCAGUGUAAAUAGUCAAGCCUGAGAGUUUCUGUGCAGAAGUCGUUACAUGCCUCUUCAACAAGCAUUUGUUAAAGUGAUCCUAUGUGCAUGGUCUGAUGCUGGGAAUUCUGCCGAUUUGAUUAAACAAAAUCCUUUCUCUAGGGAAAGAACUAAUUCAAAACUGAAACCUGAGAACAUACCCAAGAACGUAAUCAACCACAUAGGCUCAUUAAUGAACUGUUUUUAAUAUAAAGCUUCAGUAGCCCUUUCUCUGAAGCAGUCUAUUUUUUCAGGAAAUUCAUCUCCAUCAGGAAAGUUGGAAAGAUGGAGGAGAAAUAGUAGGCAGGAACAAUUUUUUAGUGCCAUUGCUACUUUUGAUUAUCUGUGUAUCCAAAAAUGUGAGAUGUGUGGCUGUAAUGAUGAUAUUGAUUUUCCUUUAAGAUGACGACAUCAGGAAGUAUAUAGUGAAGUCACUCAGUCGUGUCCAACUCUUUGCGACCCCAUGGACUGUAGCCUACCAGGCUCCUCUGUCCAUGGGAUUUUCCAGGGAAUAGUCCUGGAGUGGAUUGCCAUUUCCUUCUCCAGGGGAUCUUCCCAACCCAGGGAUCGAGCCUGGGUCUCCCGCAUUGCAGGCAGACGCUUUACUGUCUGAGCCAUCAGGAAGUAUACACCUAAGGGAAUAUUGUCCUUCAAGGUAGACACUUUGGGAGAUUAUCCCUUUAUUUUAGCGAUGUGUCAUUGUUAGAAAUAUCUGUUAAAAUCUUAAUAGCGAUACAAGCUACUGAGGAAAAUCAGUGUCGUUGUUUCAAGUCACAUCUUGUGUUUUAACUACCACUUUAUCAAACAGGGUUAAACCUGUUUGAUAACAGGGAUAAACCUGUUUGGCUGUUGAGCUAACAGUGUACAUAAAACAAGCCUGCCUUUAUAAAACACCAAUUUUUAAGAGGAAUAAUUAAGCAAUUUUUAAAAAUUAUUCCUAUAAACGUGUAUUAUCAGUUGGCAGCUCCAAAGUUUUGGGCGUACAAGGAAUGAAGCAUCCCAGGAUGUCCUCACAUGGAAACAGGAAAAGUCAUGCUCCUCUUAUAAGGAGCAGUCUGAGUGUUUUGUGAGGCAUUAAGACAAAGUUCUACUACAGUUCUUAUAUUAAAAUUGAAUUUAUGAAUCCAAAUCAAAUUUUAACAGGUUGGAAUCAGAUUAAUUUGGUGUGAGACCACAGAUAAGACCAUGUAGGAUGUAUGCUUUAUUUCUUGUUGGCCAACAACUUCUUUCUAAUGUUUUGUGAAGCAUUAUUUUAAGUGUUCUAUAUAAUGGUGCUUUUAUGGUUAUUAAAAAUUAUAUAUGGUAUUGCUUUA